UCAUCACACCUCUCUCUUUCCCUCUCCCCCUCUGACAAGGACAAGGACGGCCAUGGCGAGCCACGGGCAUGAGCACGGCCUGCUGCUCGACCCGGCCGCGCUGGCCUACUCCUGGGCCGCCGAGCCGGAGUUCCCGCCGCAGCUGCUCGCCGCGCUGGGGGAGUACCUCUCCUCCUCCGCCGCCGCCGCCGGCGCCUCCCACGGGGACCAUCAGUCUGCCGUCGACACCGACGCGGACGCGGAGGCGGACGACGAGUUCAUGAUGUACGAGUUCAAGGUGCGGCGGUGCGCGCGCGCGCGGAGCCACGACUGGACGGCCUGCCCCUACGCGCACCCGGGGGAGGCGGCGCGGCGCCGGGACCCGCGCCGCGUGGCCUACGCGGGGGAGCCCUGCCCGGACUUCCGCCGCCGCCCGGGCGCCGCGUGCCCGCGGGGGUCCUCCUGCCCGUUCGCGCACGGCACCUUCGAGCUCUGGCUCCACCCGUCCCGCUACCGCACCCGCCCCUGCCGCGCCGGCCCGGCCUGCCGCCGCCGCGUCUGCUUCUUCGCGCACGCGGCCGGGGAGCUCCGCCUCGCCUCCCACCACAAGGGUCCGGGGCCGGACUCGCCGCCGGCGCUGUCGCCCAAGUCCACGCUGACGGCGCUCUGGGAGUCGCCCCCGGUGUCGCCCGUGGAGGGCAGGAUGAGGUGGCUGGACGCCAUAGACGACGCCGCCGCCGCCGACGCCGAGGUCUGGGAGAUCAUGCUCGCAAUGCAGCAGCUCAGCUUCGCCAACGCAGCACCGUCAGGAACGCUGCCGGCGGUGACGGAGGACGACGGGCCGGACCUGGGGUGGGUGUCGGAGCUGGUCAUGUGAUCAAUCAGGAGACCGAAGCCCCACCAAGCAGCAAGCAAGACAGCAGCAGCUUCAGUAAUUAAUUAAUUACUCGUAUUAUAUUAAGCAACCUAUUAUUAAAUUCUACCAUUCCCGGAGCCGGAUGCAUCAUUCUUCUGUAGAUAAACAAGCGCGUAUGUAUGGUGCAAGCUGAAUACAGCAAAGAAUUGUAAAAUUAUUAAGCGUGAGUGCCUGUUUUUUUUCCGAGACCGUCAAUGGUUUCGGAUUAGUGGGAACUAAAUGAGUGUAAUGGGCUAGUAGCCUGCCGCUGUUUCGUGA